AUGCAUCCAGUCAGCCUCGUUGUCGUCAUUUUGAGCUGUCUUCUCUCGAUUGAGGCUUUCGCUUUCAAUGAGGAUCGACCACAAGCUUUUGCCUUCAAUGGUGCCCGAGGAUCGGAUGUGGCUGGGAGAAUGUUCGCCUUUGCCGACUCAAAAAGCAAGAGAGCUGAUCCACAACGAUUCGCUUUUGCCAAUGGAGAGCCAAUGAAUGAGGCGGCUAAAUUCGCGUUUGCCUUCGCCAAGAGAGAUCCCAACUCAGAGAGUCUUCAGCGAUUUGCGCGUGCUCAGAAAUUCGCAUUCGAGGGAAAUGAGGGAAAACAACGAUUUGCU